UCGGUCGGUCAGUUCGCCCCUUCAGCCUUCUUCACCCACAACUUCGUCUUACCGCAGCUGAGGAACAAGGGGGUUCAUGGUCACCAGGAAGCUCUUCAUUUAUUCUUACCUGGAUUAACUCGCAGGCGACAAUAUAUAUAUUUUUUUGUUUUUUUUCUUGUAUUCUUUUUCGUAACGGAGAGACUUUUUUUUUCACAGUCAGAAUGUUGUGGAAAUUAGCCGACAACGUGAAAUAUGAGGAUGACUGUGAGGAAAGGCACGACGGCAACAGCAAUGGGAACCCCCGGCUGCCUCACCUGCCAGCGGUCAGUCAACACCUCUACAGCCCGUCUCCCGCCCUCUCACACUCGGCCAGUUCGGACUUCCAGCCCCCGUACUUCCCUCCUCCCUACCAGCCUAUCUCCUACCCGCAGUCCAGUGACCCUUACUCCCACCUGGGCGACCCUUUCAACAUCAACUCCAUACACCAGUCGCCGUCGUCGAACCAGCAGCAGCCGUGGCCCGGCCGGCAGGGCCAGGAGGGGCUCGCAGCUCACGGGAGGAGCGGGCUGGCGAGUCAAAUCUUGGGCCUGGAGGGAGGCUCGUCCGGGAUGAGGAGGGAAGGGUUCCGCCGGCCGGAGCUGCUGCCCCCCCACGCGCACAGCAUAGAGUCGUCGGUUAUUGGGGAUAACAUGGGGAUGCACGACAUGGGGCACGGGCUGGAGGAUGUUCAACAUGUAGAUGACCACAGUAUUAUUGUGGCAGAUCAGACAGUCAUCAAAAAAGUAUUAGGACUACGAGGUGGCAGGAACCUUGAUCGCUUACAGAGGACUUAUUAUCAGGGGGGCAUUCUUGCGGGGCCUGUCACUCUUCCCAAAGGCAACGCGCUGGGUCUUCCCUUCCAGAAAGAGUCCCUGCUGGGCAUGGUAUCAAACCCCACAGAGGUCUUCUGUUCUGUACCUGGUCGUCUUUCCUUGCUGAGCUCCACCUCUAAAUACAAGGUUACCGUGGCUGAGGUCCAGAGACGUCUGUCACCCCCAGAGUGCCUCAACGCAUCGCUCCUGGGAGGAGUUUUACGCAGAGCCAAGUCAAAAAAUGGAGGUCGUUCUCUGAGAGAAAAGCUGGAUAAAAUUGGGCUCAACCUGCCUGCAGGAAGAAGGAAGGCAGCCAACGUCACUCUACUUACCUCACUAGUAGAAGGUGAAGCUGUUCAUUUAGCGAGAGACUUUGGCUAUGUGUGUGAGACAGAAUUCCCUGCAAAGGCAAUUGCUGAAUACCUGGGCAGGCCACACGUGGAACGCAACGAGGUUAACUCUCGCAAGAACAUGCUCCUUGCUGCCAAGCAAAUCUGCAAGGAGUUCACUGACCUGCUUACUCAGGACCGUUCACCUCUGGGAAACUCACGACCGGCGCCCAUCCUGGAGCCUGGAAUCCAAGGCUGCCUGACCCACUUCAGCCUCAUCAGUCAUGGCUUUGGCUCUCCAGCCAUCUGCGCCGCCAUGACCUCGCUUCAGAACUACCUGAAUGAGGCGCUCAAACAAGUGGACAAGAUGUACCUGAGCUCUGGUAGCGACACCCAGGGGUCCUCAGACAGUGGAAGCAAAUCUACCGACAAAAUGGACAAGCACAGGAAAUGAGAGCUGGAAAGAGAAUCCUUAUGAACUUGAGAACCCCCAAGUCCCUUAAUCUUGCCGCCCUGUCUGCCCUUUUUGGACUUUUUUUAAAAUCAAUAUUUAGUAUUGACAUUUUGAGAGCUGAAUUUGUGUGUCUGUGUGUGCUUGCACUGUUGAAUUUAUAUCAUAUUUUUUGAGGAUUUCUAAGAACUUGUCAGCCUGCAAUGGCACAUAUGGCGAACGCCUGUGAAUUGGUCCUGAUGGGAGCCCACCCUGUGAGGACAUAUUACACACCAUAGCUUAAUAACCACCAUGCAGUUCCAUACAGUUGCCAAUUUUAUGAUACUACAACCAUGGGACCUGCACUCUGUUGGCAAGAAGAGGAAAAGAACAAAGUGCAUACUGUUUUUUCUCCCUAGAGGACAUCAUUUCAAGAUGAGUUGGUGUGGCUGUGAAUUCCUCUCAGCUUUCCCCCCUCCUGCUCUGUCUGGAGGCAAAUCCACUGAUUUCCUGUGUCUCAAUGGACUUGCAAAGGACAAUUUUUAUAUGAGAAAGAGAGAGAAGAAAAUCCACUUCCUUUUCUUUUUUUUUGUGCUUGAUUUGUACAACCACUUCAAAAUGGCUCCAGUGUUAUUGUGCUUUGUUCAUGAGAGAUGAUUUGAAUCUUAUGUAGGCCUGAAUGAGAAAAGACAAUUUUUGGAUUGUCAGUCUGUGUUCAGUCAGAAACCAGAGACUUUAAAGUUGGUAUAAUAGAAGCCUCUUCAGUGUCCGUGUGGAUUACAGGCAUAGCAAUGCUUCCAUUGUUACUCUAUCUUUUAUUUUUGUGACCACAUUAGGUAUUCAUCAUCCUUAGUAUUUAAAAACCCCAAGUUGACAUCAACCUACCAACGAGUUCAGUCCUGCCAGAGUGUAUGUAUGUUGUGAGAAUGUGUGUAAAUGUACAUAUUCCUUUCUCUGAAAAUGUUUUUAAUUAGACAUUAAAUUCCAAACAUAGAAUUUUAUCCAGUGUCUUGUCCUGGAUGUAAAUAUUUUCUAAUUUAUGUUGUAAUUUAAUGGGCUUGUGUAAAUAAUGGUAUCACUCUGGUGUAUGGUUUCACUUUUUAUGAUGACGUGUUAAACUUUUAUAAAUGGGUUAGUUUUUUAUCGAGUAGAGGUUAGGAAGUGGGCAUGAUAUACUUUUUUGAAAUUAUGUAAAAAAAAAAAACAAAAAAAAAAACUGUUUAAGAGU